CAGAACUGGGUCAGGAUGGAGCGGAGACGGGUCACAUCCACUGCUCGCAGAUCCUUUGUCUCCUCCUCAGAGACAGUGCUAGGGGGCCUGACCAGUGGCCGUCGCUUGGGUCCCAGCACCCGCCUUCCCCUAGCUCGAAUGCCGCCUCCACUCCCAGCCCGGGUGGAUUUCUCCCUGGCCGGGGCACUCAAUGCUGGCUUCAAGGAGACGAGGGCCAGCGAGCGGGCCGAGAUGAUGGAGCUCAAUGACCGCUUUGCCAGCUACAUCGAGAAGGUGCGUUACCUCGAGCAGCAGAACAAGGCGCUGGCUGCUGAGCUGAACCAGCUGCGCUCCACAGAGCCCACCAAGCUGGCCGAUGUCUACCAAGCUGAGCUGCGCGAGCUACGGCUGCGGCUGGACCAACUCAAUACCCACAACACCCGGUUGGAGAUGGAGAAAGACAACUUGGCACAGGACCUGGGGACCCUGAGACAGAAGCUCCAAGAUGAAACCAACCUGAGGCUGGAGGCUGAGAGCAACCUGGCGGCCUAUCGACAGGAGGCAGAUGAAGCCACACUGGCCCGGCUGGACCUGGAGAGGAAGCUGGAGUCUCUGGAGGAGGAGAUACGGUUCCUGAAGAAGAUCCAUGAGGAGGAGGUGCGGGAGCUCCAGGAGCAGCUGGCCCGGCAGCAGGUCCACGUGGAGCUGGAUGUGGCCAAGCCAGACCUCACAGCAGCCCUGAGAGACAUCCGCAUGCAGUAUGAGGCAGUGGCAUCCAGCAACAUGCACGAGGCAGAGGAGUGGUACAGGUCCAAGUUUGCAGACCUGAGUGAUGCAGCGGCCCGCAACGCUGAACUGCUCCGCCAGGCCAAGCAUGAAGCCAACGACUACCGACGCCAGCUACAAGCCACCAAUUGCGACCUGGAGUCUUUGCGUGGUUUGAAUGAGUCCCUGGAGAGGCAGAUGCGGGAGCAGGAGGAGCGCCAUGUGCGGGAGACAGCCAGUUACCAGGAGGCGCUGGCCCGGCUGGAGGAGGAAGGGCAGAACCUCAAGGAUGAGAUGGCCCGUCACCUGCAGGAGUACCAGGACCUGCUCAACGUCAAGCUGGCCCUGGACAUGGAGAUCGCCACCUACAGGAAGCUGCUGGAGGGCGAGGAGAGCCGCAUCACAAUUCCUGUGCAAACCUUCUCGAACCUGCAAAUCCGAGGGGGCAAAAGCACCCAAGACGGGGAAAGUCACAAGGUCACGCGUCAUCUCAAAAGCUUCACAGUACAAGUCAUACCUGUUCAGACUCCCCAGCUUGCACCAGGGGCCCCAGCGGCUCUCGAGACUAGCCUGGAUACCAAGGCUGUGUCAGAGGGUCACCUCAAGAGGAACAUCGUGGUGAAGACCGUGGAAAUGCGGGAUGGAGAGGUCAUUAAGGAGUCCACGCAGGAGCGCAAGGAUGUGAUGUGAGGCAGGCAUCCGGCAGCCCUCAGCCUGCAGCAGCAAGAGAGGCAGGUCUACAGCAGGGGACAGGAUAGCUGCUCCCCUCGAACAGAGUUGUUUUUUCCCAGACCUGAGACCCCAGAGGCCAGCAACCCCAUCUCCCACCUCAAUCUAACCACUCCAGCUAACUGGGGAAGCACCCCAAAGGGUGGCCUGAAGCUUGGGUUGGAAUUUGGAAAGAGUAGUUGAAGGGGGAAGGGGAAGCUAGAAAAAUCCCCUCUAAAGCCCACAUCCCUGUUGUCAUAGCAACUGUUGCAAGACUGGAGGUAUCUGGGGGUCUUUGGGAGAUCCUUCAGGCAGCUGGAGAAAAACAGAGGCUCAAAUAGGAAGGGGCAGGCAAGAGUUCUGACCAAGGUACCUGCUCUGUAGACCACUAACCUGAGGUUCUCAGCCCUGUCUGGCCAGGGGCUGUUGCAGACUCAUGGGAAGGUGUGUCUCAGCUCUAAGGAGAUCAAGAGUAUAAGAGGAGAGGGCAGGGGUACUGGGAUUAAGGGGGAAUAAAGCUGUCCCUUAUGAUAGUUACAGAGAAGUCCCGGGAGGACUCCCCAGGAGGCAGGAGGAGACAAGUAGAGAUGGAGACAGCAGGUGCCAGAUGUCAGAGGGAGUUGGGGGUGGCCUGUCAUAUUUGGAAUUCAAGAAAGG